AUGGAAGGUAUUCCAGAUGAUGAAGAUGAUGGCCAUUUUAAUACAGCAGUGGCUAUGGGAGAAAUUGAUUUAGAAGCAACGCCUCUACCUAAUAUGAUUUGGACACCAGCUAAGUAUAAACCAAAAGAUGUUGCUCAAUUUAUUUCUCUGUUGCAAAACAAAAAUUUAAAGUGGAAAAAAAUGGUGGAACAAUCUUACCUGGUUACAAACCAGCCUCUGAAAUUAAACAUACAUUUAUUGAAAAAGCAUCCUACUUGUAUUGUGAAAGAUGCUACAGAAUCCCUUUGUGAGGCUUUUCAAGGCUUAACAAUUAACGAGUCCACUGUAUAUCGUCACAUUAUUGAAAAACUUGAGUUUACUUUGACUCGUACACAAGCAAGGUUUGUAAACAGAAAUUCUAAUGAUACGCUUGAACAACGUAGGCAAUUUAUUGAAGAUAUCGAUGCAAUGAAUGAAGAAAACUUUUACAAAAAAAGAUGCACUUUCGUGGAUGAAAGUGGGUUCAAGAAAAACAUGGUACGUCCUGUGGCGUGGUCUAGGAAGGAUGAGCCUGCAGAAGUGGAUAUAGAAGCAGAAGGAGCUAAUCUAAGUAUCCUGGGUUGUAUGUCAGCCUAUGGCUUGAUUGCUCUUUCGCAACAUAUGGAAAAAAAUCAAUUCAGGCAGACGUUGCAAGUCAAUUCAGACACUAAAUCAGACACUUCGACUAAUUAA